CGCUGUCGUCAACACACACGCGCACGCAACGACUACGACAACUACAACUGCAACGACAACGACAGCAGCGACAGCUGAACAGGUUUAAAUCUAUUUGUCGAGUCGACUCGAGUCUUGAUCGUUCCCAGGUAAAAGAACGCGCCGUGUGUUUCAGUUAAGCGUUGGCACUGAACCGGGUAACAAUCUUUCACUCCUCCGCUCCGACUUCGUAUAUGAUAUUGUACAAUCACAAUACACACACAAAAACACAUAUCGUAUCGCGUAAACUGUCUCUACUAUGUAGAGCAAAUGGAAAGUGUUUAAGUUCUUUAUCCACAAAAAUUUUCAUUCAUAAAACUGUUUCAAGUUUUUUUUGCUACAAGUGAAACAGAGCAAUAAAAUAAAAACAAAAAUUUUCGAAAUAUUUAAAAAUCAAUGAAAGUAAACAAAUAACCGUGUGAUCGCAAUAUAAGUAAAUAACAAAAUUGAAGCCAAUAAAAUGCAAAACAAAUUGAAAUCGAUAAAAGUGCGCAUGCUAAUGAUGAUUAUGCCCAAUUUAUAGUGCGCUAAUUGAACGUGAAAUUGCCAUAAAAAAUAUUUAGCUAGGGAUACCAAACUAAAUAAACCAAACAAUUGACAAGCGAAUCAAGCUAAAUAAAUACCAUUGUGACUGACGCUAACUGCUCAGUUUCAGCCACAUAACAACAGCAUCAAUAAAAAUAUAAAAAGCAACAUAGUGAAAACAUCUUAGCCAUGGAUUUAAGUUACAUAUUCAUCUUCUGCCUGCUGGCGCUAUGCAGCGCCGACGCCGAAAGCAAACAGAAAUCGGGCAGAGGCCGAGGCUCAAUGUGGUGGGGUAUUGCCAAGGUCGGCGAACCGAACAACUUUUCACCCAUUAGCACCGGCAUCAUGUACAUCGAUCCCGCCAUUCAUUCGACGCUGCGUCGCAAACAACGGCGCCUGGUGCGCGACAAUCCCGGAGUGCUGGGCGCUCUGGUCAAGGGCGCCAAUUUGGCGAUUAGCGAGUGCCAGCAUCAAUUCCGCAAUCGUCGCUGGAACUGCUCGACGCGCAAUUUUCUGCGUGGCAAGAAUCUAUUUGGCAAAAUCGUUGAUCGAGGCUGCCGCGAGACGGGCUUCAUCUAUGCCAUCACAAGUGCUGCUGUGACCCAUUCGAUAGCACGAGCCUGCAGCGAGGGCAGCAUCGAGUCCUGCACCUGUGAUUACAGCCACCAGACUCGCUCGCCACAGGCCAAUCAUCAGGCGGGCAGCGUUGCCGGCGUACGCGAUUGGGAGUGGGGCGGCUGCUCCGAUAACAUUGGCUUCGGCUUCAAGUUCUCGCGCGAGUUCGUGGACACUGGCGAGCGUGGUCGCAAUCUGCGCGAAAAGAUGAAUCUGCACAACAAUGAGGCGGGCCGAGCGCACGUUCAAGCGGAGAUGCGUCAAGAGUGCAAAUGCCACGGCAUGUCCGGUUCGUGUACAGUGAAAACUUGUUGGAUGCGUCUUGCCAAUUUCCGUGUCAUAGGCGACAAUCUCAAGGCGCGCUUCGAUGGCGCCACACGCGUCCAGGUCAGCAACAGUCUACGCCAGAGCAGCAACGCGGUGCCCGUGGUCAGUCCGAAUGCGGCGGGCUCCAACAGCAUUGUGGGUGGCGUGGCCAACAGCGGCAACGGACUGCCUUCGGCCGUGAAUGGCUACGACGAUGAGGAACGCAUGCUGAACGAUCAUAUGCCCGAGCUGCUGCUGGACAACAGCAAACAGCAUCAUCCCAAUAUGCCAUCGCCCAACAGUUUGCCCGUUGCGGGCGCUCGAUCACGCGGUCAUGGUCGCGGUCGCCAGGGACGCAAGCACAAUAGAUAUCACUUCCAAUUGAAUCCACACAAUCCGGAACACAAGCCGCCGGGUCCCAAGGACAUUGUGUACCUGGAGCCUUCGCCCAGUUUCUGUGAGAAGAAUCUGCGACAGGGCAUUUUGGGCACACAUGGCAGACAGUGCAAUGACACCUCGCUGGGCGUCGAUGGUUGCGAUCUGAUGUGCUGUGGGCGUGGCUAUCGCACACAGGAAGUUGUUGUUGUCGAGCGCUGUGCUUGCACCUUCCACUGGUGUUGUGAGGUCAAGUGCAAGCUGUGUAGAACCAAGAAGAUCAUACACACGUGUCUGUAAGAGCAACUACUAAGCUCCCCCCUCCACGCCCUACUCCCCUCCCUCGUCCCCACAAAACUGUGUAUGUGUUAUGUAUUGUCUACGCUUAGCCUUUGUUAUUAGAAGUUAAGAGCCUAGACUAAAGCCUAGUUAAAGUCCAUGACCCGCAUACGAAUAUAUAUAUAUAACAUAUAUUAUAUCAAUAUCAGCCUUCACUCACCACUUUUAGCAGUAUUACACACACACAUAUAUAUACAUAUAUAUAAAUAUAUACAUACAUACUAUGUAGCGAGGACACGACUAAAGUGUACAACUUCGUUUUGCCCAGUUUUUAGUUCUAUAAUUUCCAGCACAUUUUUGUAAAUUACGUUGCUGUUCUAUAAGUCGAUAAGUCGAGUACUUAAUUGUAGUUUUAGUUUAUUUAGUCUUAGGUUUUUACAAUUUUACAAUGCGCGUUUACUACAUUAUUCUCUUCCCACUUUUUCCCCCUCUUUAAACGAAACGAAAUCAUUUUACGAAAUCAUUGAAAACAAGACUGAAAUUCAUUUGCGCGCAGCUCAAACUCUAUCUAUCCCUCUCACUUUAUCUCACUCUCUCCCUCUCUUUCUGUCCAAGUGCAACAAUAGCAACUGCUUCUCUAGUUAUUAUUGUUGUUGUUUAGUUGACAGCGACUUUGAUGCUGACAGCGCUGCUUGCAUUUCGCUUUGCCCCAGUUGCAAAGCAAAUGUUAAGCAUACGCCGUGUGUGCUCCCCCACUCCCUUUUCACUUUUCUCCUUCUCCAUCUCCCACAUGGAAAGCGGAACAAGUUUGACACGUGAACCCAUCCGAAUCGAUUUUCCAAACAAAUUUUUGUGUACAUAAAUAAGUUUAUGCUAGUUUAAUGAGUGUGUUUAGUGCGUAAGUUAGCCUCUAAGUAAGUUCAACAAAAUGCACGAUAGAUGGCGCCACACACACAUGCACAAAACGAAAACAAUUCUGAGAAAUUUUUGAAAUUUACGCACAAGGCUUUGCAAUGAAGAAGAAUUCUGCAUUUAUUCACAAAAUAUUUUGUUUGCUUCCCUCCACAAAUUAAAUUAAAUGUUGCCUUUCGGUUGUGCGUUCUAGGUAUUACUAAUAAUAAUUAAUUAAGUAACCGAUAAUAAUAACUAUAAUGAAUGAAUAAUUAUAAAUUAGCACACUAAUUCAAUUAUUUUUAAUUAAUUUAUAUUAGCACUUAGGCAAACAUACCAUUUUGUAAAGUAUUAAAAAAAAAGAUUUGAAAUGAUGACAAAACAACAACAACAACAACGACAACAACAACAAGUAUUGCGCAUGCAAUACACAAAUCAAUAAAAAAUUAAAACAACAACAAGAAAAACUUAUAU